AUGACGACAUUCAAGCUAGAUGACCAGGCUACACAGGACGCCCAAGAGAAACAGGCAGUCAACACGUCGGCCAAAAGACAAGAUCAAUGCACUCCUACAAAUGCUUGCAAUCCCCAAGUCGACAGCCCGUUACAAGAUCUUCAUGCGGUGCCAAGUUCGGUGUGUAUUGGCGAACCUAUAUCUUAUUGUAUGGUGUAUGAAGGCUUCAUAUUUUAUAAGGCAGAUCCAAUUCCAGGGAAAAAGCCAACAUGGACCCGGGUGGAGCGCACUCAAAUGCAUCUUACUCAGGGGGAAUUGUAUAAGAUGGUGCAGAAACGGGCAAAUAAGGUUUCUGCAGCACAGCAAUAUCAAAAUUUGUCGGAUACUCGCCGUGCUCAUGUCAAUCAGUUAAUACAUGAGCAACGACGGAUUGAAGCACAUAUGGAAUGGAGCUGUGUCUAUGCGAAGGAGCGCGACAGGCCCUCCAAGGCCCGCAACGCUCAUCGCGAUGACUAUGAAACCGUUUCAAUGGAUAUCAUUCUCAUGAAAAGACCCAUGAAGACCAAGUCAUACCCAAGAACACCUAUGGGAGACUUGGUGGACCUUGGGAUGCCAUUCCGUCUGAACAGAAUUGAAGCACAUCAGAUUGAUAAUGUGCGUCCUAACAUGGUAGCCUUUCCCAACUAUCAGGCUGCGCCUUCGGCAGUAUGGGUCCAUAGGGACCACCAGCCCUUCAUUCCGGGCCAAGUUGUGGCACCUGGAUGUGUGGUACAGGGACCAUUGCCUCGUCCAGUAUCGGUUACCAGUCCAUUUACCAGACUAGACUUAGGACAGAACACGUCAGGCCCCAGUGAGCCUUUUCAAAAAACAAGGCAGGAGCAAGUCCAUGCUGAUGAGGAGCAGGUAAAGCAUGCUCAUGAUGCAGCAGGCUACUCAUCCGAAUCUAGCGACGACGAUGACGAUGACGAUGAUGAAUCUUUGAUAUUCGAUCAGUCACAGUCUGAGACCAGCUCUACUAUUGGAGAUACAGGAAUCAUGGAGUGUGACUGCGAGGAACCACUCCAGCCAACUCCUCCCCCCGAGGCUCGGUCCUGCAGUCCAAUUCGUCGCGACUCUAGCAAUGGGUCGCAUUACCGACGGAAGUCUCGGGGCCGGAGUUUUGGUCGCAAGGAAAGAAUUCGCCAUAAUCACUUUGACAUAAUAACUUCAAAGAAUGUUUUGCAUAAUAUUAUACCUAAUAAGCGAGUGCGAGCACCCGCGGGUAUGUCCAGUGUCUCCACUGCGGACACUAAGGGAUAUCGUAUCCAACGCAUAGAUGACGAGGAGUUACGAAAUCGACUACUUGAGUGUGAAUCUAGGAUUGAAAAAUGGGAAAGGGCAUUUGAACAGCAAACAAGAUUUCUACAGAGGAUGAUAGAGGAAUCCUGCCAGCGCCAGCAGCAGCUUGAGAGACGUGGAUCCUUUUGGGAUGUCUCUUCAAUGCGCCACUGUGGAUGCGAGUAUUCCAAGGAUAGCAAUAUGGAUGAUUCUAAUUGA